AUGAAUUAUGAUCACAAUACUGAUGAAAUUACAUCUCAGCAUGUAAUCAAUAAAAAAUUGAUGAAAAAAUCCCGCAAAGCAAGAACAGCCUUUACAGAUUAUCAGUUAACUGAAUUAGAACAGUGUUUUGAUCGACAAAAGUAUCUAGCUGUACAAGAUCGUAUGGAGUUGGCGACAAAAUUAAAUCUGUCUGAUAGACAAGUGAAAACAUGGUAUCAGAAUAGACGAACUAAAUGGAAACGUCAAACUGCUGUUGGUCUUGAGUUGAUGGCAGAAGCAGGCAAUUUUGUAGCAGUUCAACGUUUAGUAGAACAAAGUCCAUUUUGGGCAUAUCAUCCAACAGUAAAGUAUAUUUUAUCAAACAUUGGCUGUAUGCAUCAGUCAUCAUCGACGUCAACAACAACAACUGCAGUACCAGUUGGAACCUUGUCAUCACAUAUUAAGCUCGGAUUGAAUUCAUCUUCACUGAUAUCAACAUCACUAGUACCACCAUCACCGAUGAUAUAUUCAAAUGGCCAUGACGGUUAUCAUCAACACCUUCAGUAUCCUACUCAUGUUAUCAAUAAACAUUUAAGAGCUCCUGAUUCCCUGAUGGGAACAUCUACAACAUCAAAUUCUUUGUUAGAUAGUAUUCAUAACAGAAUAGGCAUUAGACCAUCAUCGAUAUCUUUUAUCCCUUCAUCAAAUACCACCUCUUCAUUUUAUUCAAAAACAAUCAUUCUUGACCAAUCUGAUGUUAGAAAACACUUUCUGCAUCAGUCUCCAGCAUCUUCUUCACCAUAUCAAUAUUAUCAUACAUUAAAUACCACCGCUAAUACCCGGACUACUACUACUACUACUCACACUACUACCAUCACUACUACUGCUACUACUACUACUACUACUACUACUACCACUACUACUACUACUACUACUACUACUACUACUACUACUACUACCACUACUGCUACUUCUACCACUACUACUACUACUACUACUACUACUACUACUACUACUACUACUACUACUACCACUACUACUACUACUACUACUACUACUACUACUACUACUACUACUACUACUACUACUACUGCUACUACUACUACUACUACUACUACUACUACUACUACUACCACUACUGCUACUUCUACCACUACUACUACUACUACUACUACUACUACUACCACUACUGCUACUUCUGCCACUACUACUACUACUACUACUACUACUACUACUACUACUACUACUACUACUACUACUACUACUACUACUACUACUACUACUACUACUACUACCACUACUACUACUACUGCUACUACUACUACUACUACUACUACUACUACUACUACUGCUACUACUACUACCACUACUACCACUACUACCACUACUACUACUACUGCUACUACUACUACUACUACUACUACUACUACUACUACUACUACUACUACUGCUACUUCUACCACUACUACUACUACUACUACUACUACUACUACUACUACUACUACUAUCUAG